UUAAGCUUGAGAACGGGCUGUGUCCGAAUCUCGUUUUCGCGCGUGCUUGAAAAAAAAUCGGAUCCAACUUAUUGAGAGAAAAUGACUGCCAGGAAUCCGUGAUGUCUUUGCCUCUACUCGGGAGGGGCCAAAAUGACCUUUGACUUUUCCCAACAUUAUCACCGAAUUCUUACCGAACCAUGCAUCAUGGACCAGCAUUCAUCAUCAAUGCAUAUGUUAUGAUGCUCCAUGUCACAAUCUGAUGUCAUUUCGCCUGUUACGCGCGACUGACAGGGUGAGCCUCUUUUUGGUUAUGCUUAUAAAAGUGAACAGAAAAUCUCGAGACUUCCAUCAUCUCAGGUUACACGAGAUAUCUACAUCAAACAGCUCCUCUACAAUGAAGUUUUAUUUAGCUGUCACUCUUCUCUCUGCCUUCGCCCUCCCAGUGUUCGCAGACUCCGUUUUUGUUGUACAGAAUGCUAAUUACAGCAACCCCAACACAUCCCUCUCUACCGUCACUUGCUCGCGUUUGUCACUGCGUUACGCCAACUUUUCCUCCCUGCCUUCCUUCCCCAACAUCGGAGGUAUUCCAGGUGUUGUCUCGAACUCCACCUCAUGCGGCUCCUGCUGGAGCCUUACGCCUGCCCCACCCUGCAGCGGCCAAACUGCCCUCUACUUCACUGUUAUCGAUGACGAUUCCAGUUUCGUCGUUGACACUGCUGAAGACGUUAACGCCACCGUAUACGCUAUCUCCCAGCAGGCGUACGGCAACUUGACUCACGCUUCCUGCAAUGCGAACGCAGUUUAUGCCGAAGCCGCUCAGGUCCAUGCUAGCAUGUGUGGCAUGUAGAGGCCGUAUAAGCUACUGUACUAGAUGGUACUGGCACUGGGAUGGUUGAUGUUAUUGAAGAAGAUCUGGAGGUUUUUUUGGUUUUGAGCGGGGUUGAUUAUACGUCGUGGUUUGUCACUUGGAAAGCGAGGUGCGAUGCUUUUGACAGGGUCUCUGUCCGUAUUUGUUACACUUGAUAGAAUCAAACGCACCACCAAUUUCGCUUUUUGUAUUUGACCAUACUGGGACACUUGACCCGGGUAAGAUAACAACGCCUAUUAGUUCGUGCAAUCAUCUUGCA